UAGCGCGCAGCCGCGCUAACAAUUUGUCGUCCGUGCGUUAAUUAGAAGUGAGCGCCUCCGGAUCCGCCAUUUUUGUUUGGUUUCUCUCUCCUCUCGUCGCCAUGGAGCAACAACCGGCUCCCAAGAUCCAGCACCAGAAGUCUUACCCCGUGGAAUUCAAACUACAGGUCCUCGACUGGUACUACAGCAACGGGAAGAACAAGCUCAAGACGGCCACGCAUUUCAAUAUCCACACUAAGCGCAUUCGCGACUGGGAGCUGAACGAGGCGUUUCUGAGAGCGCACAGCGACUCUCCUAGGCGCCGAUUCCGCAUGGAAAAGGCCGCCGCCGACACGUACGGAAACAUCGGUAAGAACCUGUUCCAGUGGUACGUAGAAGAGAAGACCCUGGGAACGGAGCACUCGUUCGGAGACCUAAAGAGCAAGGCGGUCCAGCUGGCAACAGAGCUAAACGCCCAGGAGUCGUUCACCGUGUCUGACAGCUGGGUGCGGCGCUGGAAGAAGAAGUAUGGGGUCGAGGACUCGGGUAGCGGGAGACGGAGGGCGGGAGGCGGCGGUGGCGGGCCAGUUGUGCUGGCAGCUUCAGCGGCCAUGGCAGCGGGAGGGUGUGAGGAGGGGGUUGUGGAGGUGGAGACAGGGAGCCUCAUGGAGACUGGUGGGGAGCAUGGGGAGGAGGUCAUCACCCUACCAUCCAUCCUCCAAGUAGAGACUGAUGUGUCUGGUGAGAGCAUUGUAUACGUGUCAGAGGCGCAGCCCCUGGCCCACCCUUCAGAGGAGGUGAUUGACAUGGUGGAGAACCCUGUCACCUCAGACACUCAGGUAAACUACAUGCAAAACCAGUGUCUCCCCAUUAUUACUCUGAUUGUGACACUGGUCUCAGUCAAGCCUGAAAUUCCCUAGUAGGAGCAAACAAGUGGUUCAAUCAGUGUAGCUUUCCCAUAUCAUCUAUGUAUGUCCAUCAUAAUUCCAAGUCUAGCACAUACAUAGCCGUUCCACCAACAGAAGGAUUGGAAAAGGGAGCAUCUUGUUAGCCUCGGAACCCUGUUCACGUGGAGUAUAGUAGAACGCAUGUGGAUGCGCGGAAUAAUUGUGCUCGGGUGAUUUCUGUGAAGAACGGGGAAGGCCUGUAGACACUGCUCCUGCACAAUGGCAGCACUUCUACAGAUACCAGGAACACUCAGGAAGGCUGGCUUGUAGGUAGGUAAGUAUUAGGAAAGCAGCUGGCGUUUACCCGUUCCCUUAAUGUGGUACCGUUUCAGAGUGUAUGCUAAUUGUGCGCAGUGUUUACCCUCACAUGAUGCUCGAGCCCAGGCCUUCCCCGUUCUUUGUGGAGAAGCCCACGCACAAUUACUCUGUGCAUCCUCGUGAAGGCCUGGCUUCAGAGGCCACAUCUGGUAGCUUUGAUGUCAAUCUUGGUCCUGAAGACAUUGUGAACUGCUUUCAGUGAUGCA